AUGAGUGGCAUUCUGAACGGCGACAAGCCCAAUGGCACCCCCUCUGAGAAGCCAACUACCCGUCCAGGGAAUCUGUUCACCGAAAAAGUAUCGACCGAAUUCCACUGCAACCCCAAAACGGGAUACCAAAUCCCGCUGGUGACUUAUGGCGCCCCAGAGAACCGGCGACUGAAGGUCCUCACGAUUGGCGCCGGUAUCUCUGGUAUUAUGUUGGCCUACCAGAUCGAAAAGAAUUGCCAGAACAUAGACCAUGUCAUUUAUGAGAAGAAUGCCGAAGUGGGAGGCACAUGGUUGCAAAACCGCUAUCCGAAUGCCGCUUGCGAUGCUCCCAGCCACACAUACCAAUUCAACUUUGCCAUGUCGCCGGACUGGCCGAAGUUCUAUUCCAACUCGGCCACGAUCCACAAAUACAUCACCGGGGUGGUGGACAAGCUGGACCUCCGCAAAUACAUCCAAUUCAACAGCGAGAUUGUCGAGGCGAGAUUCAACGAGAAGACCGGAGUCUGGAUCGUCAAGAUCCGGCAGAAACAGGAAGAUGGCAGCGUCAAGGAGAUCACGGAAGACUGCGACCUCUUGCUCGGGGCCAUUGGCAUCCUGGACCGGUGGGAGAUGCCCAAGAUCCCGGGCAUCGAGAAGUUCAAGGGCAGAGUGGUCCACACCGCCGGAUGGGAUCCCAAGUACGGCCAGGAGGAGUGGAAGAAGGAUCGAGUGGCCGUCAUCGGCUCCGGAGCGAGUGCGGUGCAGGUGGUUCCCGGCAUGCAGCCGUACGCAAAGAAAAUCGACUUCUUCGUGCGCACCGGUGUCUGGUUCUUCAAACACGACGCCCCCGGGAGUACACCGAGGCCCCAGGACUAUACGUACACCGACGAGGAGAAGAAGUUGUUCCGCGAGGACCACGAAGCCAUGGUCAAAUACGCCAAAACGUACGAGAACGACCUGAUGAAGCUGUUCCACAUCAUGGUCAAGAGUGGCAAAUCUUACGAAGCGAUCCGGGCGGCGCUCCAGGAGCGCAUGAGAACGUUCCUGAAGGACGAACGGCUGAUUGAGGGCUUCACCCCCAAAUUCAGCGUUGGCUGUCGACGCAUUGCGCCCGGCGACCCGUGCAUGGAGGCCGUGACCAAGGAGAACGUCCACUGCCACUUCACCGGGGUCAAAGAGAUUACCGAGACCGGCCUGAUCGGCGAUGACGGUACCGUAGUCGAGACUGACACGAUCGUGUGCGCCACGGGCUUCGACGUCUCGUACCGGCCUCGAUUCCCCUUGAUCGGUCUCAACGGUACAGAUCUGCGAAAGAAGUGGGAGGUCUAUCCCAAAGGCUACUUUGGCCUGGCUUGCCCGGAAAUCCCCAACUACAUCACCUUCAUUGGACCGACGUGGCCCGUCGAGAACGGUAGUGUCAUGGGUCCGUUGACCGCGGUGGUCGACUACACCCUCCAGAUCAUCAAGAAGAUGCAGACCGAGAACAUCAAGUAUUGGGUUCCGCGACAAGACGUGAGCGACGAAUUCAACGACCAUGUUCAGUCGUGGUUCAAAGGGACGGUGUGGGAGGAAGAUUGUAAUGCCUGGUACAAGAACAGGAAGACCGGGAAUGUCGACGCCGUCUGGCCCGGCAGCGCUCUUCACUACAUGGAACUCAUCAAAAGUCCACGGUAUGAGGACUUUGACAUCAAAUACCACCACAAGACGAAUCGAUUCAAUUUCCUCGGCCACGGCUUCACGGAGCGAGACCUAGAUUUCUCUCCCAAUGCGGAUAGAACACCAUACCUGGAUGUGAAGAAUCUAGACCCUAGAUACUACCAGUAA